CUAUAACGUAUGUUAAUGGUAAAUAAGGUUUAGGAUCUAACUGUGGACAUAAUCUUGCUUGCAAGGUGAUUAAAUCUAAAAUUAACAUCAUAAAAACUAAAUAAUGCCACUGCACCGGUAUACACAUGCAGUUCUUUGUAGAAUUCCUCUUUCAUUGAAAACAAGAGGUGAGGUGACAUUAGAUGAAGCUAGAAAACAACAUUUUGCCUUAGCACAACUUUUACGCGAAUUAGGAAUCGAUGUGGUUGAAAUGCCAUCAGAUGAAACCUCUCCACUGUGUGUAUUUGUCGAAGAUAUUGCAGUGGUUUGUAAUGGCAUUGCACUCAUCGCUCGACCAAGUGAGCCUUCUCGGUACAAAGAGCAGUCUUUCAGCUUUUGACAUACGAAGAACGCACAUGCUGGGCUCAAAAGAGGAUUAGACAGAGUGGAAUGUCCUAUAAGAGCGCAAUCAUCGACAUUCAGGGGGUCUAUUACAUAAAGGAAAUUGAACGAAAAUGUGAAAAAUUAGUAGCUCACGGUAUUACGGAACGUUUUUGUUGGUGAAAAUGCAAGACCAUCCGUAUGUAUGAACUGGCUCGGCAUACAUUUUUAAGCGAAAUGGUGAAGCAUACAAGAAAAGAUAGAAAAAUGAGCGCCGUG